CAUAAUAAUAACGAUGAAAAAUGCCCCCGACGUCCGACCGAUUGGAAAAGGAAAUAGUGAGUUGUGAGUAUCAUCAGUGUCUGUCUAGUUCUAGUUCGGUUACGGCAUGUGCCGUUGCGUCAACGGCGACGAUUAUUGUGGUUACCAUCAACGCGACCCUUGCCAUUCGUGCGUACCGUUCGACUCUACAACUAGCAAUAAAUGAAGACUAAUAUAACACAUGAUUUUUCAAGGACAUAUAUUGAUAACAUACAAAGUUGAUGGUAUCGUGGGGGCCUAGGCGAGAGGAGACAUGUCCGUCGCCUCUGACUCAUUCUCUGAGGAGGAGCGCAGUCUAUUCCGUCCAUUCACUCGCGAGUCGCUUGCGGCCAUUGAGACUAGAAUUGCUGAAGAACAUGCUAAGCAGAAAGAGCUCGAAAAGAAAAGAGCUGAAGGAGAGACCGGUUUUGGACGAAGGAAAAAGAAAAAAGAAAUUCGGUAUGAAGACGAGGACGAAGAUGAAGGCCCCCAACCUGACCCAACUUUGGAGCAGGGUUUACCCUUACCUGUACGUCUUCAGGGAAGUUUCCCUCCAGAAUUGUCAAGCACACCACUAGAAGACAUCGAUCCUUUUUACAGUAACCAAAUGACUUUUGUAGUUGUAAGUAAAGGCAAGGAUAUAUUCCGAUUUAGUGCAACAAAUGCCCUUUGGAUACUAGAUCCUUUCAAUCCAAUCCGACGAGUAGCAAUUUAUAUUUUAGUACAUCCAUUAUUUUCUCUGUUCAUUAUUACAACAAUUCUUGUGAACUGUAUUUUAAUGAUCAUGCCUACCACCCCCACCGUAGAAUCUACCGAAGUGAUAUUCACAGGAAUCUAUACGUUCGAGUCAGCUGUGAAGGUGAUGGCGAGAGGUUUUAUUCUUCAACAGUUCACCUACCUUAGAGAUGCAUGGAACUGGCUCGACUUCGUAGUCAUAGCGUUAGCUUACGUAACUAUGGGAAUUGACCUUGGAAAUUUGGCUGCCUUGAGAACAUUUAGGGUACUUCGAGCUCUUAAAACAGUGGCAAUUGUCCCAGGUUUGAAGACUAUCGUAGGUGCUGUUAUAGAAUCCGUUAAAAAUCUCCGAGAUGUGAUAAUUUUAACCAUGUUUUCACUUUCCGUUUUCGCUCUGAUGGGUUUACAAAUUUACAUGGGGGUGCUGACGCAAAAAUGCAUUAAAAAUUUUCCGAACGAUGGAUCCUGGGGUAACUUGACGGACGAAAAUUGGGAACGAUUCGUGAGCAAUGAAACAAACUGGUACUACGACGAUAACGAUGACAUUCCUCUGUGUGGUAACUCUUCUGGUGCAGGCCAAUGUAAACCGGGCUAUACAUGUUUACAAGGAUACGGUGAAAACCCAAAUUAUGGUUAUACUAGUUUUGAUACAUUCGGUUGGGCCUUCCUCUCCGCCUUCAGGCUAAUGACUCAGGAUUAUUGGGAGAACUUAUAUCAAUUGGUUUUGAGAUCAGCUGGUCCUUGGCACAUGUUGUUUUUUAUCGUUAUCAUAUUCUUAGGAUCCUUCUACCUGGUGAACUUGAUCUUGGCCAUUGUAGCGAUGUCGUACGACGAGCUGCAAAAGAAGGCCGAGGAGGAAGAAGCAGCCGAAGAAGAGGCCAUAAGGGAAGCUGAGAAGGCGGCACAGGCGAAGGCGGACAGGGCGGAGGCUAGAGCGGCGGCGGCCUUGGAGGCGCAGCAGGCUGCCGAAGCGGCCGCUGCCGCCGAAGCUGCCGGUCCGGACAUCGUUAAGUCUCCGUCGGAUUUCUCCUGUCACAGCUACGAAUUGUUCGUUGGUCAGGCAAAGGGACACGAUGACAACAACAAAGAGAAGAUGAGCAUUAGAUCGGAAGGAUUAGAUUCAGCUAGUCUGAGUCUACCUGGAUCCCCAUUCAAUCUGCGGCGCGGCUCCAGAGGUAGCCACCAGUUUACAUUACGUAACAAUCGCCGAAUGGUGGCUCCACCUGGUGACCGUAAACCACUGGUUCUGUCCACCUAUCUCGAUGCUCAGGAACAUCUGCCUUAUGCCGACGAUUCAAACGCUGUGACUCCAAUGAGUGAGGAGAAUGGUGCUAUGGUAGUCCCUAUGUACUAUACCAAUCUGGGUUCACGUCACUCAUCGUACACCUCGCACGCUUCUCGGAUGUCGUACACAUCUCACGGAGACUUAUUAGGUGGUCUUGGAGGAAACGGAAAAGUGAUGACCAAAGAAAGUCAACUAAGAUGUCGAUCAAUGAGGAACGGUCCGACUACAACAACAAAUAAUUUCACUGAAUUUACUCAUAAGGCUCAUCGUGGUGAUUACGACGGUCCGACUGGACAAUUCUGUGAAGGGAAAUUAAAGCACUUAGACAAUCCAUUUAUUGAUAAUACUCAAAGACAAACUGUUGUGGAUAUGAAGGAUGUCAUGGUUCUGAACGACAUAAUCGAACAAGCUGCAGGUAGACAAAGUGGUGGAAGUGGUGACCACGGAGUUUCUGUUUAUUAUUUCUCAGCCAAUAAUAAUGAUGAAGAAGAGGAUGAGCCCACUUUUAAACAGCGUGCUCUAGCAUACACGAUGAAAAUUAUUGACAUAUUUUGUGUAUGGGAUUGCUGUUGGCUGUGGUUGCAAAUUCAAAAAUACGUUGCUCUGGUGGUGUUCGACCCGUUCGUGGAGCUCUUCAUCACACUUUGCAUCGUGGUCAACACGCUCUUCAUGGCCCUGGAUCAUCACAACAUGGACCGGGAUCUUGAGAAGGCACUAAAGAGUGGCAACUACUUCUUCACGGCUACCUUCAUGAUUGAGGCUACUAUGAAGCUGAUUGCGAUGAGUCCGAAGUAUUAUUUUCAAGAGGGAUGGAAUAUUUUUGAUUUCAUCAUCGUCGCUUUGUCCUUACUGGAGUUAGGUCUGGAGGGUGUGCAAGGUUUAUCUGUUUUAAGAUCGUUCAGAUUGCUGAGAGUGUUCAAACUUGCAAAAUCUUGGCCCACUUUGAAUUUACUCAUAUCCAUUAUGGGUAGAACCAUGGGUGCUUUGGGUAAUUUGACCUUCGUACUGUGUAUUAUCAUCUUCAUCUUUGCCGUAAUGGGUAUGCAGCUCUUCGGUAAAAACUACACAGACAAUAUGGACAGAUUCCCAGAUCACGAUCUUCCAAGAUGGAACUUCACAGAUUUUAUGCAUUCUUUUAUGAUAGUGUUCCGGGUAUUAUGCGGAGAAUGGAUAGAAUCGAUGUGGGAUUGUAUGUUAGUCGGUGAUGUUUCCUGUAUUCCUUUUUUCCUCGCCACCGUCGUCAUCGGCAAUCUUGUGGUUCUCAACCUUUUCUUGGCCUUGCUUUUGAGCAAUUUUGGAUCAUCAAGUCUCUCAGCUCCAACUGCGGACAACGAUACUAACAAAAUAGCAGAGGCCUUUGAUAGAAUUGGCCGUUUUAUUGGAUGGAUAAAGGCUAGUGCUUUACAUAUCGCAAAAUUGGUUCGGUUCAAGUUAACAAACCAAAUAUCCGACCAGCCGUCAGAUACGAGAGAUGGUGGACUGGAAAUAACCGGUGAUGAAAUACUCGCUGAUGGUAUGAUAUUCAGAGACAAGAAGAGUCCGAAAGAUCGCCUGGAAGUAACGAUCGGUGAUGGCAUGGAGUUCACGAUACACGGUGACUCGAAGACGAAUCUGAAACGAGGCAAAAACAAUAUAAAUAAAAGUAAGACAAUAGGAAAUUCUAUUUUAGAACAUGAUUUUAUCGGACAUUUAGAUGACGACGAAAUUAGUAAUAAAUCUUAUGGUAGCCACAAAAAUAGGUUUAAAGAUGAAAGUCAUAAAGGUAGUGCUGAAUUAUUAGAUGAUCAAGAAGAAAAGCGUGAUGCUAGCAAAGAAGAAUUAGGAAUAGAAGAAGUUUUAGAUGGUGAGGAAGAUGUUUGUGACUGUGAACGUCCACUAGAAGAAGAUUUAAUCAUUUAUGCGGAAACUGAUGAGAUUAUAUUAGAUGAAUAUUCGGCUGACUGUUUCCCCGAGUCCUGUUACAAGAAAUUUCCAUUUUUGGCGGGUGACGAAGACUCACCAUUUUGGCAAGGCUGGUCGAACUUGCGCUACAAAACGUUCCAGUUAAUCGAAAACAAAUAUUUCGAAACGGCUGUUAUAACAAUGAUAUUGUUGAGCAGUUUAGCAUUAGCCUUGGAAGAUGUUCAUCUACAAACUAGGCCAAUUCUGCAAGAUAUAUUGUACUACAUGGAUAGGAUAUUUACAGUGAUAUUUUUCUUUGAAAUGUUAAUAAAAUGGUUAGCGUUAGGUUUUCAAAAAUAUUUUACAAAUGCAUGGUGCUGGUUAGAUUUUAUAAUAGUUAUGGUAUCACUUAUAAAUUUUAUCGCCUCGUUAUGUGGAGCUGGAGGUAUACAAGCUUUCAAAACGAUGAGGACCCUAAGAGCACUAAGGCCAUUGAGGGCCAUGUCUCGUAUGCAGGGAAUGAGAGUCGUAGUAAACGCAUUGGUUCAGGCUAUACCAUCUAUCUUCAAUGUAUUGCUAGUGUGCUUGAUAUUUUGGUUAAUUUUUGCUAUAAUGGGUGUACAGCUCUUUGCUGGCAAAUAUUAUAAGUGCGUAGAUAAUAAUAAGACAACGUUAAGCUUUGAAAUCAUUCCUGAUUAUAAUGCUUGUAAAGCGGAAAACUACACUUGGGAUAAUUCUCCUAUGAAUUUUGACCACGUAGGAAAGGCAUAUCUGUGUUUGUUCCAAGUCGCUACGUUCAAAGGGUGGAUCCAGAUCAUGAAUGAUGCCAUCGACUCCAGAGAACUUAACAAACAACCGAUUCGAGAAACAAAUAUUUACAUGUAUUUUUACUUCGUAUUUUUCAUCAUCUUUGGAUCGUUCUUUACCCUUAACCUGUUCAUAGGAGUAAUUAUCGACAAUUUUAACGAACAAAAGAAGAAGGCGGGUGGUUCAUUGGAAAUGUUCAUGACUGAAGACCAAAAGAAGUACUACAAUGCUAUGAAGAAGAUGGGUUCCAAGAAACCGAUGAAAGCUAUACCAAGGCCAAGGUGGAAACCGCAAGCCAUAGUUUUUGAAAUAGUAACUAAUAAGAAAUUCGAUAUGAUAAUCAUGUUGUUCAUCGGCUUGAAUAUGUUAACGAUGACCAUGGACCACUACCAGCAAAAAGAAACGUUCACAAAAGUUUUGGACUACCUCAACAUGAUUUUCAUAGUAAUAUUUAGUACCGAGUGCCUAAUGAAAGUAUUUGCUUUACGUUACCACUAUUUUACCGAACCAUGGAACCUUUUUGAUUUAGUGGUUGUAAUAUUGUCUAUAUUGGGAUUGGUGCUCAGUGAUAUUAUAGAGAAAUACUUCGUAUCGCCCACCUUGUUGAGGGUCGUGCGAGUAGCCAAAGUUGGCCGAGUUCUCCGUUUAGUCAAGGGAGCUAAGGGCAUUCGCACACUGCUUUUUGCACUAGCCAUGUCACUGCCUGCGCUGUUUAACAUCUGUUUAUUAUUGUUCCUGGUUAUGUUCAUCUUCGCCAUAUUCGGAAUGUCCUUCUUUAUGCACGUGAAGAACAAAAGCGGACUCGAUGAUGUCUACAAUUUCAAAACAUUUGGGCAGUCCAUGAUACUGCUGUUUCAGAUGUCAACUUCAGCUGGCUGGGAUGGGGUGUUGGAUGGAAUAAUUAACGAAGAAGAUUGUAAACAACCUGAUAAUGAAAUUGGAGAGACUGGAAAUUGCGGAAACUCAACAAUAGGGAUAGCCUUUUUGUUGAGUUACUUAGUAAUAUCGUUCUUAAUCGUAAUAAACAUGUACAUCGCUGUAAUUUUAGAGAAUUACUCUCAAGCUACAGAAGACGUGCAAGAAGGCCUUACAGAUGACGACUACGAUAUGUACUACGAAAUUUGGCAGCAGUUCGAUCCGGAUGGAACGCAAUACAUUCGUUACGACCAGCUCUCUGAUUUCCUGGACGUGUUAGAACCACCUUUGCAGAUACAUAAACCUAAUAAAUAUAAAAUAGUUUCGAUGGACAUUCCAAUCUGCAAAGGUGACCUUAUGUUUUGUGUAGAUAUUUUAGAUGCUCUUACUAAAGACUUCUUUGCCCGCAAGGGUAAUGCGAUUGAAGAAACUGCUGAACUUAGUGAAGUGCAGGCUAGACCUAAUGAAGUCGGUUACGAACCAGUUAGUUCGACGUUGUGGAGGCAGAGGGAAGAAUAUUGUGCUCGGUUAAUACAAAAUGCGUGGCGUAAACACAAAAGACAAAGGACUGGCGGCGGUCCGGACCAGUCGGACGAGGGGGAGGCCACAGCCGAUGGAGAAGACGAUGGUGACGGUGAUGGUGAUGCCGAAGCCGAAGCCGAAGGUGAAGACGACCAAAAUGGAGAGCCCCGCCAAACAGCCGUACUAGUGGAGAGUGACGGGUUUGUGACAAAAAACGGCCACAAAGUAGUGUUACAUAGCCGUACGCCCAGCAUUAGCUCACGAUCUGCGGAUGUCUGAGACAGGCCUCGCCCCUCCCCUACCUCGCCAUAGCCGCGCGAUCCGAUCCACACAGAUCCGAUCCGAUGGCAAAUAACAACAAUAGGGCGUUGUUAUUUUAUCUCGGCCGAAUUCUUCUUUUUACUCAACUCUUUGGUUCACAUUCCUCAUUUUCACAUUCUCAUACAUCGAAUCAAUUCUUUCAUGAAUACUUCCGAGAUAAAAAAUAAACACUGAUAAGUUUGUGCUGUGUAGUUUGAUGGAGAAGGUAUCGUAAUUUAAGUCAACUGCUUUGCUGCUCAUAACGCUAUUGAAUAACACCCUUUUACCACUAUCGUUCGUUAUACAAAUAAUUGUAUCUAUUCCUAUAAUCAUAGUUGUAUGAUCAGUAAAAUUUUAUGACGUGUCAUCUCCAACGUCUCUUGAAUAUUCCACUAAUUAUGUCCCAGCAUAAUUAGACAGAGUUCUUACAAAACACACCAAACCAAUGUUCUAACUCGUACCCUUCAAACUGUAAAUUUGUAACUUUAAUUGUAAUGUUAGUAUACUGUAUAGAGAUAGAAAUUCAAAUAUUUUUUGCACAAUAUAUGCUAACACCACAGUUAACAUUAUGAAAAUUACAUUUUACCUCAUAAUUAUUAGGCACCUAACACGAAUAAUUUGCAAUAAAUCCUCGCUACAGUUUGCUAAGAAGUUUCCACUCAUGUGCUGGUACAUUUUAAAAGUUAGCUUUCAUGACCAAGACUAGUACACUAUUCCCCGUUUCCUUUGAAUAGUGGACGCGUUGGUGAGUAUUAAUCAAUUUUUAACGUUCUUACUGCGGACUUGCUUCUUCGGUAUGUCUGAGUGUUAGCAACAAGGAUCAGGAACCAAUAACCCAACCUAACCACACUUCUUCCACCCUAUUGAAUUAUCAAGUAGAUAUGUUUCUUCAACUUCGGCAACCACGAGUACAACUUAAAAUAAUUACAGUUACCUUUCCUGGUCCUUGAAUAUGAAUUGGUGGCGUCAGUAAAGUAAGAAUUGGAUGUAACUAAUUAAACGUUUAAAUGAAUAAUUUAGAGAGUUAAAAAUUAGAAUAGAACUAUUACACGAUGAAGUUGGUGAAUAUUAGCCGGUUGCAAGUUGUAAAAAUUCUGUAAAAUUUAAGAGAUGUUGAGAUGGCAAGUUGACCGACAGUUGAUAUGUUUUAAAUCAAUAUAUCCUAUUAACUUCGAGUGAUUUUGAAUAAUUUGCGACUGUUUUUUACAUACAUAUAUAUAGAACUUGUAUAGAAUCGAAAUUAAUAGGAUUAAUUAAUUAAUCUUUCACAUGAACUUCUGUGAAUAUGUAACAAGUUAUCGUUGACUUCACAUGAUUUAGAACAUGAGAUAAGACAGUAAAUUGGUGGUCUGAAUCGAGUCGUCUUGAGUAACAGCCUUCUACAUAAUGUACAAAUUAUAAUUGAAAGUUGAAACUAGAAAUUGAGGUACACUUAUUCCCAAGGUUGUCCCUCCAAUUUAAUUUUUUAUAAUGAUAUUAUUAAGAAACGAAUGAUUUUUACAGAUUUAAGACCUUAAUUCAGACUAGCAGUUUUGCAAAAUUCGUAAAAAUAGAUACUAUUGAUUGGAAUAAAACAAUAGCACAAAUUUCCAAGGAAGAUCAAGAGUAUGCAUUUUUAGGGAUAUCAUCAUCAUAUAGAAUGAACAAUAAUAUUAAUAAUUUAAAUAAUAAUAAUUCAAAUGGACUACUUAAAAAUCACAUCAAGUUGUUUAUAAUGGUGCUUUCUUCAUUGCUAAAAUAUUCAAGCUAUCUUCACAUGCUACAAGGAACGCAUAUACUGGGAAGGGGCGAAUGGGAAAAAAAAUGCUAAAUGUUCACAAAUUUUUGUAUGCAUCAUACAAUAAAAUUAUUAACUUUGUAAUUUUUGUAUGCGUGACAUUUUUUAACCACGUUUUGAUCUAGCAAUAUGGCACAUGCUGUAACUAUUUUUAAAAAUACGUGCUUCUAUGAUAAAAAAAACAUUAGUUUAGCUUGUAAAUUUUUUAACACCAAUUUGCAAUAGCAUUUUGAAAUAUUGAUGGCACUUCUAUAGAAACCACAAAUACAUCUUUGUACAUUAAGUCACACGAGUUGCAUUUAUUUUCUUCAAUAUGGCUGGACCAUUGUUCGAAUGUUUUAUUCGUGACCAUCAUUUUAAAAUGCAAACUAACUCAUAAAAAUGUCACUCAUACCAAUAAAGAAACCGAUCAUCGUGACUACAAGUACUGGAAAGCUUUUGUUGCAGUACUUCUAGUUACCCACAAGCUGUUAUAUCAUUUCGUUAUAAUUAAUUAGUAUAUUAUUGUUAAAAUUUUAUAUAAAUAUUACGGUUUUGAAUAAUGUUCCACCGGCUAGGCCACUUAAUAUAAAAAACGAAAAAAACAUAUUGUUAUUAGCAUAGCAGGACUAUUUAAGCAAUUUUUUACUUUAGUAUAAACAUGUGUUCGGUACUUACAUAGACUGACUGUGUAACAAACUAUGCACUACUUUAUGCAACCCGCACCAAGCCACUGUACAGAGGUUGCAUAAAGUUAUACACAAUUUGUUACCCUCAUAUCCACACGGUCUGCAUAUUUACAAAACCUCACCGUAACUCAGACGCAAACAUCAAAACUACAAUCGGAACCUUGUUCGACAGAUCAAAUAUACGUAUGACACAAGCGACAAUAACCAACUAUACAAAAAUCGAAGAGUUAAUUUAUUCAGAGCCUAGUCAACUCCUUCAAAAUACAAACAAAUAAACCUACAAGGGGGUGGGUUUUGUAAAUAUACGUGACUCUCCAAUUAAAAUUCGUUGCGGGUGUAUGUAAUAAUCGGACUAUACAAUCGCUCAUAUACAAUUUAGAUAGUCAAUAAAUAUUGGAGUGAGAACUUGUAGGUCCUAUGACAACUCAUUGUUCCCAGAUGAUGUGUCUUACGGGCCUGGUGUAUUAUCAAACUUGAAUCCUCAAGCAAUAGUGAUGAUUCAUCUAGUGGUUUUAGUGUAUGAUGUGUGUUAUAAAUUAUAUAAAAAAAACAAUACAUACGAAACAUUCUUAUGUGUAUAAAAGAAGGCAAUAAUAAAAAAAAAUGUUGUUGUUAAUCGUUUUAAAGCUAUAAUUUAUUGAUUUAUGUACCUGUUCUUUUAAUACAAAUUUUAAAAAUGCCUUAUACCAGUGGAACAUUAGUCAAGUUCCGAGGACGCAAAGUGAUAAUAUAUGUAUUUAUAUAUCAGGCAAUCGCUACCUACUAUACAAAAUUAUUUCGAGCUCCACAGCUUCUUUAUAUUAAAUGUUCAGAUUUUACCAUUUUAUUAUUAAGAUAGACUUAAACAAAAAAAAUUGAAAAAAUAUUCUUUAAUAAAAGAUGUUUGGUGGUAAUGCGUCUGUUUUUAUAAUGUGCUGCAAUUUACUAUGAAAUUAUUAUUUACAUGGUGCAUUAAAAACGGAUUUUUUUCGUCCGACCCACGAACGGACCCACAAAGCCAACGCGUAACACCCCCAAAAAAAAAAUUCAUUUGAAACAUUCGAAAAAAAAAAAUGAAUUCGUGCCUCACUCUAGUCAAAUUCAAUUUUACACUUAGAACACAAAACUGUUCCAUCGUGCGUCACAUCAAUAACGGUUCGUUUGACUUUGGUGAUUUGGUUGUGAACUCUCCAUGCUGAAACUUGCCUUCGGAUUAUUUUCGACGUUUGUUGAUUUUGUCGUGUGAAUUAAACCUAAACUAAGUAGCUAGAUUGACAAAAGCAAAACGAAUAAAUGCGAAGAUCUAGCACUAAUGCCUUAAAAUGGUGCUAACAGACUAGUGAGUAAAACAAAAACAUAUUAAACAAAAAAAAAAUUGACUGGGCUUUGUGCGUCCGACGUGGGCCGCGCCGAAGGAGGCUCUGAAAAAAUUGUAUAAAGCUAAAAACAAUAGGGUAAACACAGUAAAAAAAAGCCUUCCUAAAAGUUAAUAAAAAAAAUGUUGUCCGGUUUUUUUCCGGGUGCAAAUCCGUUUUUCACCUUGUGAUAUUUACCAGCACUGCGUUAUGAAACAAUUUUUAUAUUGUUUCAUAUUUUGCACAAACUGCUGACUAUUUUUAUGAAAACCAUCCAAACCGUUCCAAAAA